CUGUCUGUCUGUCUGUCUAUCUAUAUAUCUGUCUGUCUGUCUGUCUGUCUGUCUACCGAUCUAUCAGUUUAUCAGUUUAUUGUGCGCUUGUUUGUCGUCACGUCUUGGCGGGGUAAAGGGCAGAAAGAACGCAGGGAACCUUUACGCAGCAGAGAGUGUAGCUGCCAGUCUGAGACGAUGGAGGAAGAGACUCCCACACCUAACGGCAGUAGCAGUGCCGCCAGACAGCCUGAGAUCAACUUCAUCAAGAGCCACGAGUUCCUCCGCACCUCCUUCCGCACACCCACCUUCUGCUCUGUCUGCAGGAACUUCGUCUGGGGACUCACCAAGCAAGGAUACAGAUGCAGACAGUGCAGUGCGGCUAUCCAUACGAAAUGCACCGAUAAAGUCAUCGGCAGAUGCACUGAAGCUGAGGACAACAGCGGAGACACAGUGAUUGACAGGCCGCAUCAUUUCAAGGUUUACAGCUACAAGAUUCCCACCUUCUGUGCCCACUGCGGAACCCUUUUGUGGGGUUUCUUUAAACAGGGAUGCAAGUGUCAGGGCUGUGCGUUGAAUGUCCACCAUUGGUGUCAGAAGAAAGUGGCCAGCCUCUGUGGUGUCAAUUAGACGCACCUGCCAACGGCUCUCCCCCAGGCUCACUACCACCCCCUGUGGCUGACCCAGGGACUGCAGAUGCACAUUAGCCUCUGUGCUACAAUCUGCCUCAGUUAUACACUGUGCGCUGUCCCUCUUAAAUAAAUAUACACAUACAUAAA